AUGCACGCACACCUUCCCAAGCAGCACAGCUGCAGCAGGGGGUCCGAGGGGUCGGACGCCGGCAGGAGCGUGCCUCCCGUAGCGAGGGAUGCCCACUGCGCCUGUCGUUGGCACCAGCAUCCUCCGGGGCUCCAGUACAGCUCUCAGGCACUUCCCUCUUGGGGACCUGGGGGUGCCAGCCAGAGCAGGAGCAAGAUUGUCCCUCUGUGGGACACUGUGCGGAAGAGCCCCCAUAAAUCCCCAGCCAAGCCACAGGGCAGCCCGGGGGAGUGGUGGUCAGAGUGCGCCUGUGCCCACGGCUGGUCCCCCCCAGUGCAGGCAAGCCCUGCCCCUAUAAUUGUCAACACAGACACCUUGGACACAAUCCCUUAUGUCAAUGGAACAGAAAUUGAAUAUGAAUUUGAAGAAAUUACUUUGGAGAGGGGGAAUUCUGGCCUGGGGUUCAGUAUUGCUGGAGGAACAGAUAACCCUCACAUUGGGGAUGAUCCUGGGAUAUUCAUUACUAAGAUUAUACCAGGAGGAGCUGCAGCAGAGGAUGGAAGACUCAGGGUCAACGAUUGCAUCUUGCGAGUGAAUGAGGUUGACGUGUCAGAAGUCUCACACAGCAAAGCCGUGGAGGCCCUAAAAGAGGCUGGCUCCAUAGUACGGUUGUACGUUCGUCGAAGGAGACCUAUUCUGGAGACCGUGGUAGAGAUCAAAUUGUUCAAAGGACCUAAAGGUCUGGGAUUCAGUAUUGCAGGAGGGGUUGGAAACCAACACAUCCCUGGGGACAACAGCAUUUAUGUCACCAAGAUUAUUGAUGGAGGAGCUGCACAAAAAGAUGGGAGGUUGCAGGUUGGAGAUAGACUUCUUAUGGUAAAUAAUUACAGUUUAGAAGAAGUUACCCAUGAAGAGGCAGUAGCGAUACUGAAGAACACAUCAGAUGUAGUAUAUCUGAAAGUUGGAAAGCCCACCACCAUUUACAUGACCGAUCCAUAUGGCCCACCAGAUAUUACUCACUCUUAUUCUCCACCAAUGGAAAAUCAUAUACUCUCUUCUGGAAACAAUGGCACUUUAGAGUACAAGGCAUCCCUGGCCCCUAUCUCACCGGGAAGAUACUCACCCAUUCCAAAGCACAUGCUUGUGGAGGACGACUACACCAGGCCUCCUGAACCUGUUUACAGCACUGUGAACAAACUGUGUGAUAAACCACCUUCUCCUAGGCACUAUUCCCCUGUCGAGUGUGACAAAAGCUUCCUUCUUACAGCUCCCUAUCCCCACUACCACGUAGGCCUGCUCCCUGACUCUGAGAUCACCAGUCAUUCCCAGCACAGCACUGCAACGCGUCCCCCCACAGUGAGCUUGCAGCGGACCAUUUCUGUGGAAGGAGAGCCUCGAAAAAUCAUCCUGCACAAGGGCUCCACAGGACUUGGUUUUAACAUUGUGGGAGGAGAAGAUGGGGAAGGCAUUUUCGUGUCUUUCAUCCUAGCAGGCGGGCCUGCUGAUCUCAGCGGAGAACUGCAGAGAGGAGAUCAAAUUUUGUCUGUGAAUGGUAUUGAUCUUCGAGGUGCUACCCACGAGCAGGCUGCAGCUGCGCUAAAAGGAGCAGGGCAGACGGUAACAAUCAUAGCACAAUACCAGCCGGAGGAGUACGCUCGGUUUGAGGCAAAAAUCCAUGACCUGCGUGAGCAGAUGAUGAAUCACAGCAUGAGUUCUGGGUCUGGCUCCCUAAGGACUAAUCAGAAGAGGUCACUGUAUGUCAGAGCCAUGUUUGACUAUGACAAGAGCAAAGACAGUGGCCUCCCAAGCCAAGGACUCAGUUUUAAGUAUGGAGACAUCCUUCACGUCAUCAACGCCUCGGACGAUGAAUGGUGGCAGGCAAGGAGGGUCACUCUGGAGGGAGACAGUGAGGAGAUGGGAGUUAUACCCAGCAAGAGGAGAGUUGAAAGAAAGGAGCGUGCACGUUUGAAGACAGUGAAAUUCAACGCGAAACCUGGUGUAAUUGAUGCAAAAGGGUCAUUCAAUGACAAGCGUAAAAAGAACUUCAUCUUUUCACGAAAAUUCCCAUUCUACAAGAGCAAGGAGCAGAGUGAGCAGGAAACAAGUGAUCCAGAACGAGGCCAAGAAGACUGCAUCCUUUCUUAUGAACCUGUCACAAGACAGGAAAUUAAUUACACCAGGCCGGUUAUUAUUCUGGGUCCUAUGAAAGAUCGGAUCAACGAUGACUUGAUAUCUGAAUUCCCUGAUAAGUUUGGGUCGUGUGUACCACACACCACACGGCCAAAGCGUGACUAUGAAGUGGAUGGGAGAGAUUAUCAUUUUGUCAUUUCAAGAGAACAAAUGGAAAAAGAUAUCCAAGAGCACAAAUUUAUAGAAGCUGGGCAGUACAAUGAUAAUUUAUAUGGAACUAGUGUCCAGUCCGUGAGAUUCGUGGCAGAGAGGGGCAAGCACUGUAUACUCGAUGUGUCAGGAAACGCUAUCAAACGACUACAAGUUGCACAACUCUAUCCGAUCGCUAUCUUCAUUAAGCCUAAAUCAUGGGAGCCUCUGAUGGAAAUGAAUAAACGUCUUACAGAGGAGCAAGCGAAGAAAACCUACGAUCGAGCAAUUAAAUUAGAACAAGAAUUUGGAGAAUAUUUUACAGCUAUUGUCCAAGGAGAUAGCUUAGAAGAUAUAUAUAAUCAAUGCAAACUUGUAAUUGAAGAACAAUCUGGGCCUUUCAUCUGGAUUCCUUCAAAGGAAAAAUUAUAAAUUAGCCACUGCACCUCUGAUUACGACGGGAGAAUAUUUAGAAGAAAACUAUAAUAUACUAUUUGGAGGCUUUCCUGUUUUUGUUGCAUUUAUGUUCUUUGCAGUCAAUGUGAAUUUUGAUGAAUGUACAACACAAAGUGUUUGAAGCCAUGAAGGACACUGAUGGGUCAAAGGGUAGGAACAAAAAGACUUCUACCAUAUAAAGCAAAUCUGUUGUGUGCUCAGACCACCAGUUGUAGGUAUAAACUUUUGACAUGGAGACCCUCUGUCAAGGGGAGCUAGCCACCUCCUGUGCCCAUGUGGACAUUUUGAUCGAUUUCAGUGGCUGAGCUCAGUGUGUUGAUUGCUUUAAAGAGAAGUUCCCAGCUCUUGAACCUCAUAUAGGGCUUGAUCCUGCAAGGCGCUCAGCACUUGACCCCAAUUCCUACACGAGUAGCCCGUUGACUUGGAGUCACUUGUGAUCCUUCCCUAUGCUGUUCAGUCCCAUCAGUUCCAGUAGGACUAUUCAUGUGCUCAAAGCUAAGCACGGGCUUAAACGUUUUGCUAGAUCAGGGCCACACGCACCUUGCAAAAUCAAGCUCAGAGUACUUGGUCCACUUCCUACUGAAGUCAUUGGUAGGAUGCUCUUUGACUUGACUGGGAGGUGGAGCCUAUUCUAAGCUUGUCAUUGCACAUUUGUAGUUAGUACACCUCGACUUCGGUAACUAUGCACAUCUUUUGAUUUCUGAAACCAAGUCAAGCAUUUCUUUUUUCCCCUUUGGAAACACUAUUGCAUCAGGAACUAAUAACAGUAUAGUUUAUUUUAUUGGAGUUUGGGGGUGGGAGAGGAUGGAAGCAUUUCACAUCACACACACGUGCACACAAACACAUUCCCAUGCGGACACACACAUGUAUGAGGAUUCACAGCACCUAUGUUGACAAGGAGGGAUACAACUGGGAAAAGCUUUAAAAUUUUUGAUUGUCUAUUUUAUCAUUUAUAUUGAUAGAAGGCACUUAAAGAUGGAAUAAUUUAUAAAAAUAAAAAUAUAUUGAUGUAUAGAAAC